GAAAUUGAGUGGUGGUGAGAAAUACGAAACAAUUAAUAUAUUCUCGUUGGCAUCGGGUCAUCUCUACGAGCGUUUCAUUCGCAUAAUGAUGCUGAGCGUUAUGAAGCAUACCAAACAUCCCGUCAAGUUUUGGUUACUCAAAAAUUACCUCUCACCGCACUUCAAGGAAACUCUGCCCGUCAUGGCAAGUCAUUAUGGCUUCCAGUAUGAGCUCGUGGAAUAUAAAUGGCCGCGUUGGUUACAUCAGCAAACAGAGAAACAACGUGUUAUGUGGGGCUAUAAGAUUCUGUUCCUGGAU